AUGGCACCUUCUAUCAUGUUGCGUGGGCUAGGAGCCUGGGACAAUAAAGCCACAACAGAUUAUAUGCCUACAAACAUCAGCCUCCGGAUCAAGGUUCAGACUUCAGAGUUGAUCUAUUUCACCGAGGCUCUUACGAAAGCCAUCACUGAUUCUUCGGAGCGCGAGCUAAAGAAUUAUCCUAAAUAUACGGCACCAUCGAUAAAGCGCCUACAGACAUGCUACUUAGUGAUGUAG